UGAAUACACGUACACACCAUCCUUGUCGACUUCGAGAUCUUUCCAAAAUAUCUUCCAGAAAUUUCCAAUUUAACUCCGUACGACCCAAAAAAAAGGAAACUGAACAAAGACAAUGAGCAGCAGCGAUGAUCAUGCCGGAGAAUCUCGCCAUCGCCGUAACCCGAUCCGGUGGCUACUCGGCUUUGGUUUCUUCGUACAAGGAAUUAGAGGAUUCCCAUGGCUCGGAGCCAAUUUCUUCCUCACAGAACAGCUCCGUGUAAAUCCUUCAGUGCUUCAGCUUCUUCAAAACUCAGCCAAUCUUCCAAUGGUCGCUAAACCAAUCUACGGCGUUGUUUCAGACUCUGUCUACUUCUUUGGCCAACAUCGAAUCCCUUACAUCGCUAUUGGAGCCUUGUUACAAGCAAUCUCAUGGCUAGCAAUAGCUUUCUUGUCAAGAUCCAAUGUAUCAAUCUUAGCUUUGUCGAUAUAUCUUCUUCUUAGUAAUCUCGGUGCUUCUUUAGUAGAAGUAGCGAAUGAUGCUAUUGUUGCUGAGGCCGGAAAGCAAAAAACCUCAGAGACGCAAUCCGGUGAGCUACCUUCGUUUGUUUGGAUGGCUUCUUCUCUUGGUGGAAUCUUGGGAAACCUUUUAGGUGGUAUUGCUAUUAAGACGUUUUCUGCUCAGUCAACGUUCCUCGUUUUUGGGAUUUUGGCUCUUCUUCAGUUCUUGGUAACUAUAAACAUCCGAGAAAAGUCUCUUAAUCUUCCGGAAAAUCCAUCACCAGCUGGUAUUAGAAAACAUCUCUCUGACCUUUCGCACGUGUUGAGGAAGCCCGAGAUUUCUUUUUCCAUAGCCUGGAUCGCGUUAUCAACCGCUGUAGUUCCUGUUCUGACUGGGACAAUGUUCUUUUACCAAACAAAGUUUCUGAAAAUCGAUGCAUCACUUCUAGGGAUCUCCAAGGUGUUUGGUCAAAUUGCAAUGCUUUUAUGGGGUUUUGCAUACAAUCGUUGGCUAAAAUCUGUACAGCCGAGGAAAUUGAUGACAGCUAUUCAGGUAACAAUAGCUGUCUUUGUGAUAUCCGAUCUCUUAUUUGUGAGAGGCGUUUACCGGGAUUUGGGAGUGUCAGACUCUGUAUACGUACUCUUCUUUUCUGGAUUCUUGGAAACUCUCUUUUACUUCAAGAUUCUGCCGUUCACCGUCUUGAUGGCCCGUCUCUGUCCUCCUGGAUGUGAAGGGUCUCUCAUGGCAUUUGUCAUGUCAGCCAUUGCACUUGCAUUCAUAGUUAGCGGAUAUCUUGGAAUCAUUCUCGCAUCAUUUGUCGGUGUAACAGUGGAUGAUUUCUCGGGGUUUACUCGUGGACUCGCUAUAGAAGCGUUCUGCGUUGGGAUUCCGCUGAUCUUAACUUCGUGGAUAUAUGAUGAAGCGGAAACAAAGGAGAAAAGUAAAAAGAUAGAAUGAGUUCAUUCGGGUUAAAGUGUACUUUGUAUAUCUUUGUGACAUUCUUGUGGUUUUAAGGUUUCGUAGUCUCUCAUUGUCUCAUGGCCGAACUGUCGACUGUAUGGCUUUUUCUUUGAUUUUGCUUCACAUCGGCUAAAAUCUUUCCAUGGUAGAAAGUAUGCUUUGUAUAUCUCUCAUACUUUGUUUGGUGUAAUUAGUGAUUACUUGUUUAUGUUCA